CUAGGUUUGGACUCGCUAUCGGGCGUUGAAGCCUCACGGGCUUUGGCGGCGGCACUUGCCCCCUUGGGCAUCGAAGGCAUCAAACCCACCUUCCUUUUCGAAGCAAACUGCCUGCAAAGUGUCAUGAGCAAGCUGCCAGCGCCAAAGCGUGUCAUGGGUCAAGUGGGACCGUCGGCCUCUCACGCAGUUCGGCCGAUCUCAAGUGCAUCCACUGCAGACGUGAAGCAAACAGUUGUCAACACGUUGAGCAAGUUCCUCCCAAANNUCGACGAGCUAGGUUUGGACUCGCUGUCCGGCGUUGAAGCCUCACGAGCUUUAGCAGCGGCACUUGCUCCAUUGGGCAUUGAAGGCAUCAAGCCCACCUUCCUUUUCGAAGCAAGCUCGCUACGUGUCGUCUUGUCGAAGAUCAAAGAGCUGCCCAAGAUCCUGGAUCCUGGUGCCACUGCAGCUGAAGCUUCAAAGCAUGCCGCCACCAAAGCCAUGCCAACACAAAGCUUGCCGCUUUGCAAUUCGGUGGUUGAUAUUCAUUCCAUGGGUGACGUCUCGCCACUUCAUCGACAGAUCGUCGGCCUUCUGCAAGGGGCUGCAUACUUUGCAUUGAUGGCCACUAGCUCCUCGUGUUCCUUGCUCCCGUUUCUCCUGGUCUUCCCGGCAAGAGGUGAGCAGUUCUUUGCCAUCAGCAACCGGUUUGAGUUGCACCUGCUCUUCUUCAUGUCGCUUCUCUUGUCACCGCUCACGCAAUUCUAUUGCAUGACCUUCACAUUGUGGCUGGUCAAGACGACACUCCUGGGUAGAUUCCUUGAGGGCAUACAUCCC